CCCUCCCAGCCCCUUCCUUUGCGGCGGCGUUUUUGUUAGAUGGACAGGAGCAAGGCUGGAUGUUUCUGCCGGCCCCCGCGCUGAAGUGAGGCAGUGAUGCAGGAGGCUGGCAGCUUCGGCUCUACGGAGAGACACAGGCUCAAGAUGGCAGAUGGGUACUGAGUUUGGGGGGCUGCGAUCUCGCUUCAUCGCCGGUGUGGUUGCCAUGCAUUACAGACAUCCUCGCACCGAUGGCCCCCAUGUACGAAGGUAUGGCCUCGCAUGUGCAGGUUUUCUCUCCUCAUACCCUUCAGUCAAGUGCCUUCUGUAGUGUGAAGAAACUGAAAGUGGAACCCAGUUCUAAUUGGGAUAUGACUGGGUACGGCACACACAGCAAAGUCUACAGCCAGAGCAAGAACGUGCAAUCCUCCCAAGCAGCAGCAGCAGCAGUCAACGCCUCUCUACAGAUCCCCAACCCCAGCAUCCCUUACGAACAGACCAUCAUCUUCCCAGCAAGCACAGGGCACAUUGUGGUGACAUCUGCCAACAGCACUUCUGGUGUGGUUGCGGUGUCUGGGCAAACACUGGGUGGCCCACACAACCUGAUGCGGCGAAGCACUGUGAGCCUUCUGGACACCUACCAAAAAUGUGGACUUAAGCGGAAAAGUGAGGAAAUUGAGAACACAAGUAGCGUGCAGAUAAUUGAAGAGCAUCCACCAAUGAUUCAGAACAAUGCCAGUGGGGCCACAGUAGCCACCGCCACUACAUCCACGGCCACAUCCAAAAACAGUGGCUCCAACAGCGAGGGGGAUUACCAGCUGGUGCAACAUGAGGUGCUGUGUUCCAUGACCAACACAUAUGAAGUAUUAGAAUUUCUUGGCCGGGGAACCUUUGGACAAGUAGUCAAAUGUUGGAAACGUGGCACAAAUGAGAUUGUGGCCAUCAAGAUCUUAAAGAACCACCCUUCUUACGCCCGACAAGGUCAGAUUGAAGUGAGCAUCCUGGCCCGCCUGAGCACGGAAAGUGCAGAUGACUACAACUUUGUCCGAGCCUAUGAGUGCUUCCAGCACAAAAAUCACACUUGCUUGGUCUUUGAAAUGUUGGAGCAGAACCUCUAUGAUUUCCUAAAGCAAAACAAGUUCAGUCCAUUGCCCCUUAAGUACAUCCGGCCAAUCCUCCAGCAGGUAGCCACAGCCCUAAUGAAGCUGAAAAGCCUGGGACUGAUUCAUGCGGAUCUCAAGCCAGAGAACAUCAUGUUGGUAGACCCAUCUCGACAACCAUACAGGGUCAAGGUCAUAGACUUUGGUUCAGCUAGCCAUGUGUCUAAAGCUGUGUGUUCAACCUACCUUCAAUCCAGAUAUUACAGAGCCCCUGAAAUCAUCCUUGGUUUACCAUUCUGUGAAGCAAUUGAUAUGUGGUCACUGGGAUGUGUCAUUGCAGAGUUGUUCUUGGGCUGGCCUUUAUACCCAGGAGCUUCAGAGUAUGAUCAGAUUCGCUAUAUUUCACAGACACAGGGGUUACCAGCAGAGUAUUUGCUAAGCGCAGGGACAAAGACUACAAGAUUUUUCAACAGGGAUACAGAUUCACCGUAUCCUUUGUGGAGGCUGAAGACACCAGAUGAUCAUGAGGCAGAGACGGGGAUUAAGUCGAAGGAAGCAAGGAAGUACAUUUUCAACUGUUUGGAUGAUAUGGCACAGGUGAAUAUGACAACAGAUUUGGAAGGAAGUGAUAUGUUGGUGGAAAAGGCAGACCGGCGCGAGUUUAUAGAUCUGUUAAAGAAGAUGUUGACUAUAGAUGCAGAUAAAAGAAUAACACCGAUUGAAACUCUGAACCACCCCUUUGUCACCAUGACGCAUUUGCUUGAUUUUCCCCACAGCACACACGUCAAGUCUUGUUUCCAGAACAUGGAGAUUUGUAAGCGGCGAGUGAAUAUGUAUGACACAGUGAACCAGAGCAAGACACCAUUCAUUACACAUGUGGCACCAAGCACAUCUACCAACCUGACCAUGACCUUUAACAACCAGCUGAACACUGUCCACAAUCAGGCCACCAACCUGGCUCCCACCUCUACCAGUGCCACUAUUUCCUUAGCCAACCCUGAAGUCUCCAUACUAAAUUACCAAUCUGCACUCUACCAGCCCUCAGCGGCGUCCAUGGCUGCGGUGGCCCAGAGGAGCAUGCCCCUACAGACAGGAACAGCGCAGAUCUGUGCUCGGCCUGACCCCUUCCAGCAAGCCCUCAUCGUCUGCCCUCCAGGCUUCCAAGGUUUACAAGCCUCGCCUUCGAAGCAUGCUGGGUAUUCUGUGAGGAUGGAGAACGCCGUUCCAAUAGUCACUCAGGCUCCAGGGGCCCAGCCUCUUCAGAUCCAGCCAGGACUCCUUGCACAGCAGGCCUGGCCUAGUGGUACUCAGCAGAUCCUGCUCCCUCCAGCCUGGCAGCAACUGACCGGAGUAGCUACCCACACUUCAGUCCAGCAUGCAACCGUCAUCCCAGAAUCCAUGGCAGGAACCCAGCCACUGGCAGACUGGAGAAACACACAUGCUCAUGGUAGCCAUUAUAAUCCCAUCAUGCAACAGCCUGCGCUUUUAGCUAGUCAUGUGACCCUUCCAGCAGCUCAGCCGUUGAAUGUGGGUGUGGCUCACGUCAUGAGGCAACAGCCAACCAGCACCACUUCCUCCCGGAAGAAUAAACAGCACCAGUCAUCUACAAGAAAUGCAUCCACCUAUGAGGUGUCAUCGUCCCAGUCCAUUAGCUCUCCUCAGCGAUCGAAACGAGUGAAGGAGAACACCCCCCCUCGCUGUGCCAUGGUGCACAACAGCCCUGCCUGCAGCACUUCUGUCACGUGUGGGUGGGGUGAUGUGGCUUCCAGCACCACCCGGGAGCGGCAACGGCAGACAAUAAUCAUCCCAGACACACCCAGCCCUGCAGUCAGUGUCAUCACGAUCAGCAGUGACACUGAUGAAGAGGAGGAGCAGAAGCAUGCACCCACCAGCACACUCUCCAAGCAAAGAAAAAACGUCAUCAGCUGUGUCACCGUGCACGAUUCCCCCUACUCCGAUUCCUCCAGCAACAACAGCCCCUAUGCAGUGCAGCAGCGCGGGGGACAGAAUAAUGGGAACACUUAUGACACAAAAGGGGUUCCAGAAACCCACUGCAGCGGGAACCCACGAACUAUAAUCGUGCCACCACUGAAAACCCAGGCCAGUGAGGUGCUGGUAGAGUGCGAUAGCCUGGCACCAGUCACCACCAGUCACCACUCAUCAUCCUACAAGUCCAAGUCCUCCAGCACCGUGACCUCCACAAGUGGUCACUCUUCAGGGAGCUCAUCUGGAGCUGUUGCAUACAGGCAGCAGCGACCAGGAGCACAUUUCCAGCAGCAACAGCCUCUUAAUCUAAGCCAGGCCCAGCAGCACAUCACAACAGAUCGCACAGGGAGUCACCGACGACAGCAAGCCUACAUCACUCCAACAAUAGCUCAGGCCCCAUACUCCUUCCCACACAAUAGUCCCAGCCACGGUACAGUCCACCCCCACCUGGCCGCGGCCGCAGCUGCUCACCUACCUACCCAACCCCACCUCUACACGUACACUGCCCCUGCUGCACUUGGGUCUACAGGCACCGUCGCCCACCUGGUGGCCUCCCAAGGGUCUGCUCGUCAUGCUGUGCAACACACCACCUACCCAGCCAGUAUAGUCCACCAGGUUCCCGUCAGCAUGGGCCCUCGAGUUCUACCAUCACCCACCAUCCACCCGAGUCAGUACCAGGCUCAGUUUGCCCAUCAGACCUAUAUCAGUGCUUCUCCAGCCUCCACAGUCUACACUGGAUACCCGCUGAGCCCCACUAAGGUCAACCAGUACCCUUACAUCUAAACACUGGAAUAAGAGAGAGACACACCCACAAAGAGGGAGUGAGGUGGCUGCUUUUAUAUUGAAGAACAUGACAAACAAACAAUGCAAUGAGAGGCUCCUGUGAAACUUGAACGAAGGAGUCUUUAAGGAAGAAAUGAGAGAGGCAAGAAGGAGAAAACCAAUUCUACACUUUUAUUUAAAAAAAAAAAGAAAAAGGAAAAAAAGAACUGAAAAAAAAAACAAAAAUAAAAAACACAAAAAAACCAUUCUGCACCAAACUAGAGAGAGGGGGAAGCAGAAGGAUCCCAAAGCUGGGUCCUGUGCUUUGGAGAACUUCACCAAUAGACUUUUAAAGAUUAUUUUCAUCUGAUAGUGAGCUACAUUUAAUAAUUUGUUGUCCAGAACGCCUAAAACAAAAUCCACUAGGUUUUUAAUUCAAUAAAUAUAUGGAUUAGGGAUUUAUCCAGAAUUUUGAAGGGUUUAUGCCCCAUCUUUGCACUGUUCUCCAUAACCCUAAUGGUGUGUGAGGUGUUUUCUGCAGAGAAGAGAGAGGGAGGAGUGGGUCGGAGUGGCGGGGGGAGGAAGGGACCAUUCCAUCACUAGAAACUUCGGCCCAGCACUGAUACGCUUAAAACACACCCAUGCAAAAUGGAACGACUGUGACAUUUGUCAAGAUCAGAAGCAAUGGGGCUAUUUUCCCCUUUCUCUGAGCACCCUGGAUAAAUCCCUGAGAAAUGUUAUUCCUAAAAAUCAUCUUUAAUAAUGUAUGUCAGAUUUCAGUUUCUUGAUUUUAUUUGGAAAAUUUAUUGUUAAUCCCUAGCCAUUUUAAUGUAGGAGUAGAAGUUUUAGCUGGCCCCCUACCCCCAGGUAGAAUGUAGCACUAUACAGUACAUACACCCUUUUUACUAUUUUGUGUUGAACUUCAAUGAUACCAAUAGACUAUUCCUCAAUGUGAUUGCACAAAAAAAGUGAUAUAACAUAGGCAUGUAACAAAUGUGAUUGUCCAGGUAUGUGUGUGUGUGUGUGUGUGUGUGUGUGUGUGUGUGUGCGCGCGCGCAGAUGCUGCCUUCUCUCUGUGGUGUGUUCCUCAGCACAGCCAUUACAACUGUCACAGUCUUAGUUUUACACCAUUCCCUUGUAGUGCCUUACCGAACUACAGAUGCGGUUUAAGGGUUUACUUCCACUGGUACUCCUAGAAACUGACUGAGGCUAGUCGGAAUUUAAUCUCAGCUCUUCUUCUUUUGUUGUUGUUAUUGUUGCUGAUCAUCUAGUUAUUUUUCCCCCCAUGCUGUCAAUCUUAGAUCAUUUGCUAAUGUGCAGGUAUUGGGGAAGUUCAUGGGAGUUGGAAGGGCAUAUGCAUAAAUGUCUGUUUAGCGUAGGAUGGGCUAAAAGUGACCCUAUUGGUCAUGAAACCCAGUACAACUUCCUAAAGGGUGAAAGAUUUCUUCUGUGGGUUGUUUUUCUUUUUUUUGUUUUUGUUUUAGUUUCUUGUUCAAAUAACAAACUUCUCCAUGUGAAACCUAAUUCUCAUUCUGCUGUUUGCUAACAUUUGUGUCAGAGUAGAAGGACAGAUUCCUCCAAUCAUUGCUGUGGAAUAUCGAGCACAUUAAAUAGUUUGUUUGGAGUGUGAACAAAGAUUUAGCCCAUUCAGUGGGGGAAUACUGGUCCCUUAAAGAAUUGUUUCACUAGAUCUCCACAGAUGGCAGGGAAAAAAAGGGAGCAAGAGCAUGAGAUAGAGAUUCAGUUCAGUCUAGAGUGUCAGACUCAGGUUUGCUGAGUGCAGAGAGUACUUUGAGACAUCAGGGCCCUACCCAGUGUAAUGUAGUUCUGACUGUAUUCAUUUCCCCUCUUCCUCAGCCAGCUUGUACAAACAAGUUCCUGUAGUGGUAGAACGCCUUUUCCACUUGGUAAAUUAAUUCUUACACUGGGUCCUCCGCUCCAAAGGAACUAUAAACGGUCUUGUUUUCAGAUAGGUUUCCAAAGAGAGACUUUCUUACAAUUGAGUGAGUUGGGGGCAAAUCUCACUGAUAAAAAUGGAUUUGCCACUGCAUCAGUACUUAUAAGUGUUUCUAGAAUACCCACAUCUGCUUGUGGGCUUGUUGGGAAGGAGAGAAGAGACCAAGAAAAGAGAGUUUGGUGGCAUACUUCCAUUAAAGUUCUUAAGUCUACAUGGCUACUCAGUGCCACAGCUCUCCCUGUAACUACAGCAAGGCAUGUUUACAUUUUUUUUAAUACGCUGGACAAUGGCAGGUUGAUUUGGAGAGAGAGAAAGAAUGAUUCCCUUGGGUGGAGUUUAGAACAAGGCCUCUCAAGAGGAAAAAUUUCAAGAAAAGCAAGCAGAGCUGUACUAUCUUGUCGUGAGCACUUGCCCUCCCUGGAAGGGAUCUCACUAUGCAUAGAUGGUUGGAUAAAACUGUCUUCUUUUGGCAAGCCAGUUACUAACCUUUGCGUUUGCCAUUUCAGAUUCCUGCACUAUCCUUGCAAAGUUUGAUUUUCCCUUCUCUUCCUCAUUCCCACAAAGUACAUAAAGGAUCUGAUCUCUGAGCAGUCCAUGCACCUUAUGCCUUGCCAUUAGAAAGACAACACUUUCCAUUUAUUUAAACCAGGAAAUGAAUUCCCCAUUCUCUCUGUAAGUUUCCGUUGCAUUCCUCUCCUAUCCCAUCAGUUCAGGAAUGAAAGCUUCAUGCUGCUUGUCAUUAAAAGGAAUAAUAUUGUUAUUUUAUUGUAUGAUUGUUAUGAUUAUUAUUAUUUUAAUAUUAUUAUAUUUUACUCUGGGUUUUAAUUGCACACGCAUUCCUGCAUCUUUGUGUUAUUUUUUUCUCUUAGUAUUGUUGUUGUUGUUAAUUGUAUUGUGAAUUGUUUCUCUCCAUCAAUGGCAUCAGAAACUUUGCUGUGUCUGUGAGAAAUGUAGGAAGAGAGGGAAACACACGGUCUGAAAAGGUAAAUUGUGCUGAUAGCAUAGAUGGAGAGCCAGGGCACACUGGCUGUGCCCUUGAGGGGAUGGCACAUUAUACCCCAGAGCAUGUCUGCAUUUCAGCACAGUUCCAGAAACCCUCACUUAGAGGCAGAAGUGAGACAGCAACUCAGAGUCAUUUUCCAGCAGCAAGAUUGGACUGAAGGAAGACCAAGGCUGUGGGUCCAUAAGGUCUGGCUCACCAUCAUCUUACAGUAGCUAAUGUUGAUGGGACACUUAAAUCAGACCAAGACUCCAUACACCCCAGUCAUGCACUAGCCAUGACCCAGUUAGCCUUUUAAUUAAUCCUAGCCCAGGCUAAAUGUUAGGGCUCAGUUUCCCAGAUGGGAUAGCAUAGGGGUAGCUUUUCAUGGGGUAUCCUGUCUGCCUACAAAACUCUAAAUAGAACCCCAAAGGAGGAACCAGUGUACCUCCCAGUCUAGUCACUGGAUAAAUGACACUGAGAGACCGUGAUGGUGUUAAGUAGCUAAAAAUCCAGCAGCAGAAAUAAAAUGGUCCUGGCCUUGCUCUACCAUUGCUGGUGAUUCAAAAUAUGUCCAUAUGGCCAGCAUACUUGGCUCAUGGCUUUCUUCCUCCUCCAUGUAGCUGGUCUUUUUUCUUUUAAUUAUCACUUAAGGAAUUUUAAUAAGCUUUUUUUCCCCUGUUGUAUGGGAUUCAGAUAUUUAAGCUUUCCAUUACAUCUCCCACCCUUACUAGAAUGGUGUCAUAGAGACUGCGCCCUGAUUCAGGACAGGUUUAUGUUCCUUUGAAGUCACUGGGACUUCAGCAGUUACUUAAUCAGGUCUUUUUGUGCUCUGCCAAGUCAAGGCAGAGUUAAAUGCUUAAGGAUUAAUGCUUAGAUUCUUUGCUGAAUGAGGUCUGACAGAGCAGGGAUGGGAGGAAAAGUUGGCUUCCCUCUCUGAGGCAUGUGGGAUUUUAUUUUUUGUGUUUUCUCAGUGCAUGCUCUUUCACAACAGCAUACAUUUGAUUUCUCUGGGAACAGGGUGACCAUGAUAGGAUGGCACCCUUCUGUGGUGGGAAAGGAUACAUUGCAAGGUGGAAGGGGCAGUGGUUUAUCCUGCUCAUGCUAGGAUUGCAAUCUUCAAGCUGUAUCUGUGGAGGAGGCUGGAUUAGAUGGCCCUUGAAGUCCAUUCCUAUGAUUCUAGCUACAGACCUGAUCCCAGCACAGUCAGGAAUGUAUUGAGUAGGGGUGGAGGUCGCAAUAAUAGUGAAUGACGUCCACAGUCUGAAUUGUAUUUAGGUUGCAAUGUUAAAUGAGGAUGAUGGGUCAGUAGGUUGGAGCAAACAAUGCCUCUGCUCCUACUCCCCUUUGAAAAUAUGGUUUGGUAAAUAGUAAUACUGCUAGCCAAACAAGCAGACUAAGAUUAGAAAGGAACCAAGUGCUUAGUAUUCUGUUGGUCCUGCACAAAUAAAAAUAGCUGAAUUAUUUAGCUUGCAUAGAUCUUUGGAGUUGAAAACAGGAUUGAUGUGUUUUGGAAUGAGCUUUGGGUUCUUUGUGUGCAUAAAGCAAACUGCUUGGCAACCUGAGGGAGGAGGUGAAUGGUUUAGUACUGGAAGUGUUUAGUGGUGGUUCAUGGUUGGCUCAGUUUAGAAGUGACCCCUUUCCCCAUUGCAUUGUCUUCGUGAACAGACAUUGCCUCUUACUAGAGCUGGACAUUCAAGCUGCUGAAACUGGAAUGUAGAAAGAGGUGGAGACACUAGUUAACUAGAACAGAAAGAGAAAACAAUGGAAAAGCUGGAACUUUUUUCACUGAAGACUGGUCAACUCCAGCUGUUUUGAGAAAACAGCUGCAAUUGCAGCUCACUCAUUAGAAUUGCAUAUGCUUACACUGUGGCUGAAUUUGACUAUCUGGGUAGGUUUUACUCUUUCUCUCUCUCUAGUAGUUCUUUCACGAAGCAUUCAAGCAAAGGGAUGAUUCUGUCUCUGAUAUUUUUCUUCUUUAUAAUCUCAAGGAACUAUCCCUCAGAAUUUGGCUUGAAAGAAAUUCCAUUACUAAACUUGAAGGGAAAGUAAAACCCUCCUUUUUUUCCUUUAACCAAAGAAA